AUGGACACGGCCAAACAUGGCGUGGCCAUGACCAUGCCGGCCUCGUUCCACCUCGACGCGCCACCCUUCUCUACCUGCAUCUCCAGCCCGAGCCACCUUGCCAAAUGGCUAGCCCUUGAUCUCCUGAGAUCGCCCGUACACGCCGUUGAACGAGAGGACGCCGACACGACCCACAUGGAGCGCGCCCACAACGCUCCAGAUCCGGAAGCUGCAUCAGAGGCGGAAGCUCACGAGGCUCCGCGCCCUUCUAAGAGGAAAAGGGCUGCCCCCUCCAGCCCUUCGGCCAAACGUGCCCGCGACGUGCUCAGCAUCGCGGCAACUCGCAAGGCGGAGGCGGAGAAAAAGCGCCUCAAGCUCAUCGAUACCAGCAACCGAUCCCAAACGGACAUCCAGCAGUUCUUCAGACCUUCGGGAAGUUCCGAAAACCAGCCCCCCAAGGGCCCUAAAGCCCCCAAGAAGAAGACUAAGCCAUCUCCGGCUUCCAUACCAGUCACACCAGAAGUCGGAGUUCCACCCAAGGCUGCUUCAGCCGCCAAGCCGGAUCCUAAGGACGUCAUCAACGUUGAUGACAUCCCUGAAGAUCCGGCCACCGAGACUGCGCAAGGCGAUUCCGGCAAGGGUGCCUCCUCAUCUGCUCCUCCGCCUGAGCCACCCACCGCUACUUCCGCCGAGCCAACGGCCGAACAAUACGAGCAGAAAGUGCAGCUGAUCCAUGCCACUGGCGCGUCCCAAACUUCGUCGCUGCAGAAGCUCCCCCUUUCUCAACGUCACGCGGAAAUUUCAGCCAUGAUGGAGAAAGUAUGGGGGCCCGCGGAUACGGAGAUGAAGGAGCUCUCCGACCUUGAAAGCGAACUCAAGGUCUUUUUUGCUAAGCAUAAGGAGGUGCGCCAGAGCACGCGGAAGCUGCACGAAGAUCUGCGCGUCCAUGUGUUGGAGCAGAUGACGGAAAUAGAAGGGCUGCGCCAGACUGCUGAGAGUAGUCGUCAAGCUGUGCUCCGCCUGGAGACCCGAUUGAAGGAAGAAACUGACAAGCGCCCCACCAUCGAUGUCUUAUCCGCCAAGGUCCAAGUAUUGGAGGCGGAGAAUGAAACUCUGAAGAACUUCUUGAAAGAAUCCUCCGAGAAGGAAACUAAAGAAAAGAAGGAGCUCUCCGAGAAACAUUCCCGUGAAAUGGCAGAACUGGCCGACAAACUCAAGAAGAGCCAGCAAAGGGUGACCACCCUGGCGGCACAGAACAAGAGCCAGGAGGCAGAGGCGGAAGCAAUUGACAAGUUGAUCUUCCCAAGCCUUGGCUUUGAGUGGACCAAAGCUUCAACCCUCAAAAGAACUGAGGCAUAUGAAGAAGCACGGAGCUCCAUCGAUGACCUCGUCGAAGCAUGCCGCGGAAUCGCCAAGUCCCUUAACUUGAAGAAAGCCAAGACAACGGUGAUUGACCGCAUGACGAAAGUCAUGCAGAACGUGCCGGAGCUUAUCAAGGAUUGGCAGGAAUCUUCAUCUCGCGGAGUCGCUGCCCUCGUGCUAGCCACCUGCAAGGCGCACUUCCCCACCAUGAGAUUUGCGGAUGUCGCACGCGGAGUCCCCAAAGAUACCGUCAUGAGGCAUCUCCUUUCGGAAGCCAUGGGAUUUGAUCGCCUUUUUGCUGGACGAGUUAACCACUCGUUUUGGUACAACAAAUAUGAUCUUCCCAAAGGCUUUUCCGACCCGGAGGAGGGCGAAGAAGAAGUUGCCGAGGAGGGCGAUGAGGAAGGCUCCGGGUCAAGUGCUGACCAAGACGAGGAAGGCUCCGACUUCGACGACGGCGGCUCAGGCGGUGGCUCGGAUGAUGGCUCCGCCUACAUAGCUUCUGACGAGGAGCAGUCCUCCUAG